AUGCUGCAGGAGGAGGAGGAGGGAGCUGCGGUGGAGGAGAAGAAGGAUGCGGCGAAAGCGACGGGGAAAGGGGCCGCUGCGUCGUCGGGUGGUGGGCCCACGGGGACGCCCCUCCCGGACAAAAAGUUGCUGCUCUUCAUCCUCGACAGGCUCCAGAAGAAGGACACCUAUGGAGUUUACUCGGACCCUGUCGACCCGGAGGAGCUUCCGGAUUACCAUGAACUCAUCGAGCAUCCCAUGGACUUCUCAACGAUCCGCGAGAAGCUUUUGAGCGACAAGUAUACCAUCUUGGAGCAGUUCGAGAAUGAUGUAUUUCUACUUACAUCCAAUGCCAUGGCCUACAAUUCAGAAGACACAGUAUACUAUCGCCAGGCACGGUCUAUUGAAGCUCUUGCCAGAAAGGAUUUUGAGAACUUGAGGCAAGCUAGUGAUAGUGAAGAAGAACAGCCGAAGACAGCACCUAGAAGAGGCAGGCCACCAAAAAAUGCAAAGAAAACAGUUGAGAAGGUUGAGGACGAUGGUUCACCAGAUUUAUCCAAUGUAAAAGGAAACAGAUCUGUAGACAACACUGAGACAAGAAAAAGAUGGACUAGUGAGAGAACUCGAAAUAAUAUUACCAUGAGAGAUUCAUCCAUUCUUCACCACAGCACGUUCGGUUCUUUUAGUGGUAAAAAAACAGAGAAAACUGGUGUUUACUCAGGGUCUUCGAAGUAUGGAAAGAAGACUACUAUUUUAGACGAUGAUCGGCGGAGUACGUAUGAUCAGCAAUACUCAAAUUAUAGUCCUCUUUUUUCUGCCCUUGAUUGUGAGCGGAAACAACUACUUCCAAUUGGGCUUCAGCAGCAACAUGCAUAUGCCAGGAGCUUGGCACGGUUUGCGGCAAAACUUGGACCAAUUGGAUGGGAUAUAGCAGCAAAAGGAAUCAGACGUGUAUUACCACCCGGGACAAAGUUUGGCCCAGGAUGGGUUGUAGAUGGCGAGCCACCUCAAAACUCGCAGUGUCCGCGAGUUCCUGAAGUUACCGACCCGACCGCAAAGUCCAGUAUUCCAUCAUGCGUUAUACCACCCAAAAGCGAUGAUCUACGUCGGAGUUCUGAGCUAUCUUCAGAUGGGGAUGCUGCCGCAGGUGAAGAGUAUCUGACUAAAAACCAGCCAGUGGCGUCUACAUCAGCAGGCUUUGAAAGGAGCUCUACACCUGCCAGUAAAAUACCCACGUAUGAAAAUGGAGCUACCAUGACAGGUGAUGGUGUGGGUAAUACUCGACCAUCGCCUCCGUUACAGCAGCAGAGUAACAGUCAAGAAGUCCCCUCUAAUAUCAACGGAAUGACUGCUGCGCCGAACACCAUGGGUCAGUAUGCUGGACAAGGUUUAUUUGAGCAAAUGACGCAUGCCCAAGUGCUGGGGAUGUUUUCUGGAGUCAAUGGCAGAGCCAACGGGUUUCGCCAUGGGCACCAACUGACGGAGGAGAGUGUUAAAACAGCGCAGAAUGGAGUGAUUGGAAAGGCAGCUACCACCACCAGCUACUUGCAAGAAGCAGAUCAUGGUCCAAAGGGUUCAUAUCCACAAGACGAGAACAGGUCCGCUUCUCCAAGCUUGAAUGCUGCCGGUUCCCCGCCUAGGGGGAAAGCGGCAGCGAAUCCGAAGCAACCAGACUUGGUAUUACAGCUGUGA